AUGUUUCAAAAUCUCUUUCUGUGCUUUGGUGUAACGAAAUCAAACUCUUCCUUCUCCAAUGCUUCAGAAUCAUCCGGGACGGAACGAGCAAGAUCCAAAUCGUGGUCAUCUGCUUCAUCAUCAAGCACCAAAAAGAAACAAUCAUCAGUGAUAGCCGUAAAGCAUCAUUCGGAAUUAAGAAACUCCAAAGAUCCAUACAAUUCUUCGUCCCACUCACUCCAUUCAGAAACCUCCACAGAACCAAAAUAUAUUGUGGCAUCUCUGGAGGAUCUCAAUGAAGAAGAUUAUUCUGAGAAUGAACCAACUACAGCCCCACCACACACAACUAAAUCUUAUAAUUAUCGGGAGAAGCAAUCGGCCUUAGAUCAAAAAAUAAGAAAGAAAACCACUCAAAAAAGGCAGUCUGUGUUGGUGAGUCAUGGCUCCAUUUCUAUUUUGUGUAAGGAAGGUACUAUAGAUCCGCUCACUCCGACGACUAUUGAAUAUACGCUUCCUCAAGGAAAAUUCUAUCUUCGUCUCGAUAACAAAUCGAAAAAGAAAGCAGCUAAAAUUCAAUUGGAGUUGAAAGUAUUCAAGAAAAAGAGUUCUGAUGAACUUAAUGAGGAAUCCUCAUCGUUCAUUAAUAGUAAUGGAGCACACUCGACGUCAGGAAAGUCCAUCACCUCAACCCCUCCUUCCAGCAACAGUAGCAGCAUUAAUGAUGUUUACAUUCAUCAUAUUCUAGAGUCAGACGUGUCAGAAAUAUUUGCCUUUACCACUCCCCAUGCAAACAAUAGCAUGUUUCUAUCUAUAAGUUCGAUUCAUGUUUUUUCAGCUCCCAAGUUUUUUCUUCAACUAUUCCAAGAUUUAGAAUUAGAGAAAAUUAAUGAAGACCAAUUUCAAGUGGUGCCACAAGAUACUAAGGCAAUUCGUUUGGAUGAAAUGACUCCUACUGCUCAGGAAGAUCUUCCUCCCUUAGAGGGAGUAGAGAGAGUGAUCUGCGCAGGCAAUGGAAAGGAUGACAAGAAUAUUGAAAAAACUACUCCAGAUGUUAAAACUUCAGAGAUAGAAUCUUCGAAGGACGUGCCAACCAAUGGCAGUAUCGAGAACAAUUCUACAACUCUCCAGAAUGAUGCUUCUCGAACUGAUGCAGCUAGCGUAGAAAAUUCUCAAAAUGUCUCGACAAGCUCUCAAGCAGUUGCAUGCCCUCAAGAGAGCAAAAUCAUCACUCCAGUUCGCAAAACUUUUCACAUUAAAAACUUACAGAGUAGUGGAGGCAAAGAGCUCAGUCAUUAUAUCAAAAGAGCGGUUGGCAAAACACAAAGUAUUGAUAUUGAUAAUUUUCACAUUGAUAUUUCUGGCGACAUUAGCAUAGGAAGUGACGAAGAAGAAGAAAAUUUUGAAGAUUGUAACUAG